ACACACACACUGCAAUCAACACAGUGUAAAGAACUUCCACUCUUCUUUGAGCACUUAAACUCUCCUGUUACACUCAACCGGAAUUUUCUUUCCCAGCCCAGUCCUCCUUUAAUCAGGUUUUGCUUUUGAAGCCUGCUGGUCCUCGUUGGUCCAACACCAUGAUGUUUUUCUGCAGUUUGAGUGUUGAGGGUCUGCUGUCGUGGGGGUUUCCUCGUGCUAGUGGGCCGCAGUUGGGCGACGUCAGCUCUCUGGUGUAACACUGAAAGCAUUGUGUCAUCUGUACUGCCGGAGCUGAUUGAUGAAGCUCAUAUCUCUUCUGGGAGAGCUGCUGCUGGAAUAUAUUAUUCAUUUCUACAGCCGCUGGAUCCUUCAUACUGACAAACCUUAUGUGCCUUUUUCUGUAGCUGUACAGUACUGACCAACCGGAUACUUGAUUGUUGAGAUGUAUUAAACGAUGCUGAAGGACCGUAGGACAUGAUGUGCUCGUGUUUGAAGAGUUGGGGGAUUGGUAAGGUGAAAAGGAAAACAGGCAUGCGUGAAACGGCCUCCAACGCAGACUCUGACUUCUACCCAGACAACGGCGAACGUCUGUACGACCUAAACCUUCCCGCGCUUGUCAAAUUCAGCUACGCGGCCGAGCGGGAAGAUGAGUUGUCGUUGGUUAAGGGCACAAGGGUCAUCGUCAUGGAGAAGUGCAGCGAUGGAUGGUGGAGGGGGAGCUACAAUGGCCAUUCGGGAUGGUUCCCAUCCAACUACGUGACGGAGGAUGCAGAUGGAUCGGCGAGCAACGACUCUGCUGGCUUGUCGGAGAAGUUGGCUGCUGUUGUUCAUAGUGCUAACGGCAACCAAGUGCUGCACACAGUACAGGCACUCUACCCGUUCAGUUCGGGCAAUGACGAAGAGCUGAACUUUGAGAAGGGGGAGGUUAUGGAUGUUGUGGAGAAGCCAGAAAACGACCCAGAGUGGUGGAAGUGUCGCAAAGCCGAUGGGCAGAUGGGACUUGUGCCGAAAAACUACGUGAAUGUUCUGCAGGAGUCACACAACUCGGCCAGCAUGGCAGGGCCGCCAACACCUGACUGUGACUACAUCGAGCCUUCAUCCAGCGGACGCUUCGCUGGGAAGCAGUGGUACUAUGGGAAGGUGACACGUCAUCAGGCAGAGGUGGCACUCAACCAGAGGGGCACAGAGGGAGACUUUCUUAUCCGGGACAGUGAGUCCUCUCCCAAUGACUUUUCAAUAUCACUGAAAGCUCAGUCCAAAAACAAGCAUUUCAAAGUCCAGCUGAAAGACAGCCUGUACUGCAUCGGACAGCGCAAGUUUAACACAAUGGAGGAGUUGGUGGAACACUACAAAAAGGCGCCCAUCUUUACCAGCGAACAGGGCGACAAACUCUACCUGGUCAAGGCUCUGGCUGCCUCCUGAUCCCAGUAAAAAGAAUAUCCAGUUAACAAGGACUACACUUCCAGACAGACUGGGAAUAUCAAGCAUUCCAUGAAAGGGAGGUACAGGGAGAGAUGGACAAAGACACUCCCAUUCAUUUGCUCAGAAACUUGCUCGUUUCAUUGAGGGACACAAUCAAUGUAUCAAAAUACAGUAUGUUUAGACCAUAGGUGAUGCAAUGUAUUUUGAAGUCAACAUGUAUUAGAAUUAAAAACUAGGUCUUCUUUUGUUAAUAUAUUCUUUUCAUUAAUUUCAAAAAUGUAUUGUUCAUUUGUUCUUGAACUUCCCUGCCAAUUUUUUUUUAACUGUCCUUUCAAGUGUCUGCUGUUGAAGUCCUGACCGCAGAAGAACUUUGCUCAACAUGUUUCAAGGGUCUCACAUACUAUCUGUUAUUGCCUGCAUUGCCUGAACGACACAGAACUAUUGAAAUUGACUUAAUCUGCUAUAUUUAUUAGGAAUCAAUUUUCUGCAAAAUGCUCAAACAAUAAAAGUGACUUAUCAAAACUUGACAAGGAUUUGCAAGAAUAUUCAGAUUUAGGCACAAUCAGAUUAAACUUGAACUUCAAUCAAAA